UCUUCCUGGAGUGACUGACAGGCUGAGAAGCCCCGCCCCGAAGGCGCCUGACGCUGAGCCGCAGCCCCUCUCACUUGUAGCCCCGCAGAUCUCCAUUUUCUUCUUUCCUCAUAUUCCGGAGCGGAAGAGCAAAGACUUUUGGAAAAAAUGGAUGAAGAAUACGAUGUUAUCGUUCUGGGCACCGGGCUUACGGAAUGUAUUUUAUCAGGCAUUAUGUCAGUGAAUGGGAAAAAGGUUCUGCACAUGGAUCGCAACUCCUACUACGGAGGUGAUAGCGCCUCCAUCACACCUCUUGAAGACGUCUACAAGCGCUUCAACCUUCCCGGAAGCCCUCCUGAGUCAAUGGGAAAAGGCCGGGAUUGGAACGUGGACCUUGUCCCUAAAUUCCUCAUGGCCAAUGGUCAGCUGGUCCGCAUGCUGCUGAUCACACAGGUGACUCGCUACCUGGAUUUCAAAGUGGUUGAAGGCAGUUUUGUGUACAAGAAGCCCAAAAUCCAUAAAGUUCCCUCUACGGAGACUGAGGCCCUGGCAUCCAGUCUGAUGGGGCUGUUUGAGAAGCGGCGCUUCAGAAAGUUCCUGGUCUUUGUUGCCAACUUUGAUGAGAAUGACCCCAAGACUAUGGAGGGUGUCGACCCAAAGAAGACAACGAUGAGGGAAAUAUACAAGAAGUUUGACCUGGGCCAGGAAGUCAUGGACUUCACCGGUCACUCCCUUGCCCUCUACCGUACAGAUGAUUACCUGGAUCAACCCUGCAUGGAAGCAAUCAACAGGAUAAAGCUUUACAGUGAGUCUCUGGCCCGAUAUGGCAAGAGCCCAUAUCUGUACCCACUGUACGGCCUGGGAGAACUGCCACAAGGCUUUGCCAGACUUAGUGCCAUCUACGGUGGGACGUACAUGUUGAACAAGCCAAUAGAAGAGAUUGUGAUGGAGAAUGGGAAGGUGGUGGGAGUCAAGUCUGAGGGGGAGAUUGCAAGGUGCAAGCAGCUGAUCUGCGACCCCAGCUACGUUAUGGAUCGUGUCACCAAAGUGGGUCAGGUGAUCAGAGCCAUCUGCAUCUUGAGUCAUCCUAUAGCCAACACUGGUGACGUAAACUCGUGCCAGAUCAUCAUCCCCCAGAAUCAGGUCAACAGGAAACACGACAUCUAUGUUUGUAUGAUCUCCUUUGCACACAAUGUGGCUGCGCAGGGUAAAUACAUCGCCAUCGUUAGCACCACAGUGGAGACGGGUGAGCCAGAGAAGGAGAUCAAGCCAGCCCUGGACUUGCUGGAGCCCAUCGAGCAGAAGUUUGUCAGCAUUAGUGACCAGUAUGCACCCACUGACAUUGGCACUGAAAGUCAGAUCUUCAUCUCUCGGUCCUACGAUGCAACAACUCACUUUGAGACCACCUGUGAUGACAUCAAGGACAUCUACAAGAGGAUGACAGGCUCAGAGUUUGACUUUGCUGAGAUGGAGCGCAAGAAGAAAGACACCUUUGGUGACGACGAUUCGUAGAGGCAGCCAGUCCUGCAACACUCUGAUAAUCAAAGACAACGGAAAUCUUAUAAAAAAUAGAAAACUUACACAAAAAAGUAAAGACCAGUGGGCUGACUGAUUACUUGAGUACACAGUUUGCCCACUGAAGAAGUUCAUGAUGCAUAGAGAGGCGGUAUAGUUUUGUUGGAUAGGGUUCAGUGAGGGAGCUAUGCUUCUUCACAUCAUUCAGGUGGGUGUUGCACUAAAUACUGGUUAUAUCUAAUAGACAGUUAAUACCCUACAUUUUUCUAAUUCAUCAUGCUAAGACGAUGCAUAGUCCAAAGAUGCCAAAUGAAAUGAUUCAUAAUCAAUAGUAUCUGAAAAAGAUGGACACUAUAUACUCGGCUGAUAUUUUGUAUAUGCAGGUAUUCUUUUCGUGUCAGGUUCUGUGAGUUGUGGCUUGGCAUCCUGUGUCUGUAUUCAGUUGUGGUGUGUUGAGCUGAGUGUUCCUCACAGGAUGUGGCAAUUCCUGCACUUUCAGGCCGGUAACAGCAGAGAGCCGUGCGAGGCAGCACCUCAGCAUCCACAUCAUAUGGUCCGGUUUUGUAAAAGUGCUUUAGUGGUGUAUGGGCUAGGCUCUCUUCUCUUCUUUUUGUUUUAUCCCCUGAUUCUGCAACCAGACAGCAUACUGUAAGUUAUGUCACAGGCACGACUGUAGCUCAGCAUAAACCUCCUGAACCGGUUUUCAACACUCUGAGUUACUAUAAUGCAUCUGAGAAAAAUGUAUUAGUUCCUGUAUUACCCAAAAUAAUCAAAGACCCGAGCAUUAACAGCAGAUUGAUGACACAUGUAAUUGCUUAAGAAGGACCAAAUGUGUACUGCAGCAGUAUUGAACUGAUGGGAGCCUUGUGAUAUCUGGUUUUGAACAACUGUUGUUAAAAAAGGAAGAAAAAAAACUAUCUUGGGGCUCAAAUGAUUUCUGUACUGCAAAGUAAAAAAAAACUUUGUCAAAAUCCAAA